UGGCACUUGAAAAGAUUGUUAUGCAUUGUUAAACCCCCUGCACGCAAGCUAUUUAUCUUAUUUGAUGUUUGGCAAGCUAAGAAGACAUCUACAGUCUUAGCCGUGUCCUCGGUCAACUAACCAUGCAGCGCAUUUCGCAAAAGUGGCUUCUCUCUCUACACAAUUAGCAUUUGCAGACGAGCAAACAACCCUUCCUUCUCCAGCCUUCAAAUCAAAAUGAAGAAGCUGCUGAAAGGAAUGACCGAAAUAAAUCGGAACAUCACUUCGGCCAAACGUGUUCACUACGAAGAUCAGACAGACAAUGGCUGGCGGAACUGUGCGUAUGAUGUGUACAAGAAGGAAUGCGGCCGAGAAGUGUUCGAGGAAAAGCUGAAGAAAUUCACCAAGCCACCUCCAGCACCAGGCCGCCUCUCUUCUUUCAAGUUCCACAACAUCAGUCUUCCCGCAAUGAAAACCAGCACCACUACUAGUGCCAUGCUAAGCGCUGCUCGUGAAUACCAGGCCGUGGGGGGACUGGGUAUAAUCACAAUCCAAAGGAAUCCCGCGAUCCCGCCCACUGAGUUUUUCACACCUGGGCGUCAUUUUCUGGCAAGGGUGCGACAUUCCAGCGGCAGCGAUGAUGCAGGAACGGACAUGCGCAAGAUGGAAAUCAAGUUUGCAGAUGCUGACGUGCAGGGCCCGCUUGACAUUAUAGCCCUGACUGGAACCACAGGUGUUGUUUGGGACCUGCAGUCGGCGUACGACUAUGCUGAGCUUGUCGGAAAUAGGGAUGACUCGAAAAAAGUCAAAGAGGUGAUGCUAAGGAGUCCUGAGCAUCUUCGUGUGUUAAUUGAGUCUUUUCGCCGAGCCCCAGACUCUUACUCGGACUUACGCUACCACAGCCAAGUCCCAAUUGAGUUCAAAGCUUUAGACGGUGUCAAGAGGUACGCAAAGUUUCGGGUCAUCCCUCGGGACGGAAGACCAGAGAGCGGACGACUGACUAAAGAACAACAGCAGAACAUUUGGGAGCUCAAACGUGACGACGAAGACGCAAGAGCCAAGGACUAUCUACGUGAGGAGUACAAGACCUUCUUAAAAGAUGGCCCUGUCGAAUACACCCUCCAAAUACAGUACCACCAGGUAUCCAAUGACGACCCUUGGUACAUUUUACAUCCGGGACGUGCUUGGAACGAGGAGAACCAUCCAUGGCUGGACCUUGCUGACGUCACAGUGACCACACCCCUUCCUGAUGACGUCACUGUGAGGAUGAAGUACGAUAUUGGGGCUCUCCCCAGUUCCAGUCUUGCGCUGCUGGCCGCGGAGUCUGGUGAAGAUUUUAGAUGUGCCAAUCACAUCCUUCAGGCCGUUUCCAUGGCAACCCAAGGUGUUCAGCGACACAUAGCACCCAAGCAGCCGCUGACCACUUAUACAGUCUCCGUAGAGACUGGAGCUCAGGCCGGCGCAGGCACGAACUCGCAUAUCAGCAUCGUUCUUAUAGGCUCAUCCCUAUUGUCACAAGAGGUAGCCCUUGGCUCUUGGUUUCGCAUCGAUUACCGUCGAGGUCACGUAGACACAUAUCAGAUCAACACGCACGACGUCGGGGAGAUACUUGUCGUCAGAUUACUCAACAAGGGGUGGCUCUUUGGGUACGACGAUUGGUUCGUUACAAAGGUAACCGUCACGCCAGAAAAUAAGGAACCCCAAGUGUUCUGGGUCAACAGAUGGGUGGUGGAUGAGCUUGUGCUGUACAGUGGCGCAGCCACACCACCAAAUAUGACCCAGCCGGCAGCCGUGAAAGCUUUCCGCUCUAUCGAGGCUCAAAAGAAGCAAGAGCAGUACCAAUGGGCGAGUAAUGACCCUCCACUAAAUGAACUUCCGGGACGCCUGGCCGUGGAGCCUAAUGGGAAGCUACCACGUGGGACAGAGAUCUUCUCGGGUUUACAAUUGUCUCUCGCUAAGGGCGUCCAGAAUGCGCAAAAGAGCAUGGGGCUUGAGAAGAUCCGCAAGAUCGACAAGCAGUGGAGCGGGCAAGGGGAGUUUGAGGAGCUGUUUGAUGCUGUGGUAGAGAAGACGGGACUCAAUCACGUGAUCAACGCCACUUCCUGGAAGGAUGAUCACGUGUUCGGUAUGCAGUUUAUGAAUGGCGUGAAUCCGCUGGUCUUGGAUCGCUGUGACAAGUUCCCCGAAAACCUUGCACCCCUUGAUGGAUUGGUGGACGAUCUGUUGGAUCGCGGGAAAAGUCUGUAUCGAGAGAUGAAGGAUGGACAUAUUUACAAAGUUGACUACAAAAUCCUCGAGGAAAUACCAAGGCACAUGCAAGGCUCCGGGAAGGACAAAGAGCGCUAUAUGGCUGAGCCAAUCGCCCUCUUUUACGCCAACAAAUCAGGAGACCUUAUUCCGAUCGCCAUCCAGCUGUACCAAAAGCCUGGAGAGGGGAACCCUGUUUGGACACCCCAUGAUGCACCGCUCGAUUGGCUCUAUGCGAAGAUGUGGCUGAAGAACGCAGACAUACAGGCGCAUCAGGUGAUCCAUCGUCUCCUGCUAACCCACGUCAUGACGGAGCCAUUCACCGUGGCCACUUGGCGCCAGCUCCCCUCGAUCCAUCCUGUCCACAGGCUUCUAUUCUCGCACAUGCGCAACACACUCGCUCUGAACGUCACGGCUAGAAAUGAACUGAUAGGAAAAGAUGGAAUCCUAGCCCAGACCCUCAGUAUCGGUGGCGGUGAAAGUCUUGUCCAGCUCAUGCAAAAGUUUUACAAGAAAUUUAAUUGGGAGGACAUGGAUGUGCCAAACUUGCUGAAGCGGAAGGGUUUAGAUGACAAGACCAAGCUACAGGGGUACUUCUACAGGGACGAUGCUUUAAGCCUAUGGAAUGCGCUGAAGAAUUUCGUCCGCGAAUUUCUGGGCGUGUUCUACAAAUCAGACAAAGACGUUACCGACGACACGGAGAUUCAGGCCUGGCUCUCAGACAUAAGCACCAACGGCUUCCCGACACUCCAAGGGCACCAGGAUCAUAAAUUUCCAAACAUGAUUCGAACUCGCUACCAGCUUGUCCACUUGCUGACGUGUGUGAUCUUCAACUGCACUUGUCAAUUCGCCGCGGUGAAUUCUGGGCAAUUGGAAAUGAGCCUUUUCAUGCCAAAUGCCCCCUGCUGCUUACACCUUCCACCACCAACAACAAAGGGUGUGGUUGACAUGGAAACCAUAAUGCUUGCGCUUCCUACCAAGAAAGAGACCGCUGUCCAUCUUGGGCUGAUGCACGUCUUCUCAAAAUGUGCGGAAGAUGAGAUGUUUCUUGGUAGCUACCCAGAAGGCCAAUUCCAAGAGCCUGAAGUGUCGACGAUUAUCGAGCGAUACCAAAACGAGCUUCAAAAGAUCUCCGAGUCCAUCCGGAAACGUAACGAAGGCUUGACGUGGCCUUAUCGGUCAUUACUUCCCGAAGGGAUACCUAAUGGCAUUACAAUAUAAGUCACGAAUGUUAAGAAUAUCCGAGUCCAUUCGGAAACGAAAGGACUCGGGACGUAGCCCAAUCGUUCUCAAGCAAAGGGCCUGUCGUAAAUGGCAUUGUGGUUACGGUAACCCUGUGGCGAAUUAAAAAAAAAAGUUACUCGAAGGGAUGACCACAUUAGUAAUAACAAUAAUAACAUUACAAUAAUAAGACAGAUGUACAUGUCAAGUGUAAUAACAAAUAAUUUCUUUGAAUGAAAAUUUCGAUAUUUUACAUAGAAAGAUGGUGAAUUCGGCAAAAUAACAAAUAAAAAAAAUAAUUGGUA